AUGACAUUUGGAGGCGGGACAACAUGGCUAGAACUUAAUGUACAGUAGUUAGCUCAUGAGGUGCUAAGUAUGUACCGUUAUAUCAGUUCAUUAAGGAAAUAAAGAUUGUUUACCUUUAACGUGAGGCGCAUUUAUUGACCUGUGAAACCCAUCUUUACAUUUACUCCUCUUAAAUGUUCAGCGCCAAUACCAAACGUGUCGAGAAGGAUGUGUAGCUGACUUUAGCUCAAGACUGCUAAUGAUAAGAACUAGCUAACUUGUGCUAACACGUCAAUACGCUGCUACGACUAGCUUCACACAGUGGCAAACACAGAAGUGAAUGACAGACAACGUGGGGUGAGGACCUAAUUUCGGGACCCAGACAGCAGGGAUGAAGAAGCGGACCUGGCGAGAAGGGCAGCGACCGCACAGGCGACAAGGGGCUGGUCACCGCCGCGGCUGGUACAGAGACAACCGGCAAAGAUCAACACAGGACGAACAGUGGUAUGGACACAGCAAUGCAGGGCCGUCAUAUAGAGCAUCUCAGAGGAGGUAUGAGAACCAGUCUGCAGGUUCUUCUGCCUCGCCUUCCUCCUCCAAGGCCAGCAGUGCUGCCCCAGAGCUGCCUGGUUUCUACUUUGACCCGGAGAAAAACCGCUACUUUCGUCUGCUGCCGGGACAUAACAACUGUAACCCACUGACCAGAGAGCAGUUGCAGGAGAAAGAAAGGGAGAAACAGAGAAACAAGAUGCUCGCAGAGGAUGAAAAGCCCAGAAAAAAAGCACCAAGAACAGGACUGAACACUUCACUGCUGCUACAGAAAAGACACCUUGGCUUGUUACCUGAGAACUCCUAUUGUAGGAUGGUCCAUGAGGUCAAGGUCAGUGGAAUGAGACGCCACAAACUAGAGGUCCAGAGCACGGACAACAGCAACCCCAACACUGACAACUUCAGACUCAUAGUGGGGGACUCCGCGUGUGAGCGAGUGUUCACAGUCAACGACGUUUCUCACGGCGGCUGCAAGUACGGCAUCAUGAACUUCAGCAGCAGUAGCCAGGGCUCUCUGUCUGUGGAGAUGUGUGAUAACCUCUACUUCACCAACCGUAAGGUGAAUUCCAUCUGCUGGGCCUCAGUCAACUACCCAGACUCCCAUGUGCUGCUGUGUCUUGUCGGAGUGGCAGACACCCCUGGCUGCGUCAGUUUACUUCCCGCUUCCCUCUUCAGCAACUCCAACCCAGACCAGCCAGGGAUGCUGUGUAGCUUUAAGAUAUCUACAGCCUGGUCUUGUGCUUGGUGUCUCAACCCACAGUUUGAUAAGACCUUCAGCACUGGCCUAUCUCGUAGGGUAAUUGUGAAAGAUGCAGAGACGGGCCGAACACAGACAUACAGCGUAGGCAGCGAUGUCUUGGCUCAGCAGUUCGCCCUUAGGGUUCCUGUGCUGUUCAAUGGUUGCCGAUCGGGGGAGAUCUUCAGCAUCGACCUGCGGCAGCGCGGCCGCAGGGAUCAAAGCUGGAAGGCCAGCCGCUUCCAUCAAGAAUCAGCCAUCACCUCCGUCCGCGUCCUCCAGGAUGAGAACUACCUGCUGGCUGCUGAUAUGCUGGGCCAGAUCAAGCUGUGGGAUGUGCGAGUGACAAAGCCAGUGCAGGAGUACAAAGGGCACUACAAUGAGCAUGCCUACCUUCCUAUUCAUGUCAAUGAACCUGAGGGGCUUUUGUUGGCAGUGGGUCAGGAUUGCUACACGAGGUUAUGGAGCCUAAAGGACAGCCAACUGCUGCGGACCAUCCCAUCACCCCACCCAGCCGCAAACGACCUGAUCCCAAGCGUCGUCUUCUCCUCCAAGUUGGGUGGGUGCAGGGGGCUCCCCGGCCUGCUCAUGGCUGUCAAACACGACCUGUACUACUUCCCAUACAACACCGACUACCAGGAAGGAGGAGAGCAGCUGGCAGGAUAUUAUGAAAACAUGGAAAAUGCUUCCUCUCAUUGAUAAUUUUUGCCAAAUACAAAAAUGGUGUUAUAUUCAUCUAUUGUAUAACUGAAAGGCCUGUAUGCAGUGCAUUUCCAAAUGGUUGUACUGAACUUUUGUUUUAUAAGAUGACCUCAGAAAAGUUACAUUUAUAUCUCAGGGGAAUGUUAUUUUUCACAGACUUUUUUGUGCCAAAAGAAAGUAGAAGUGCUACGUACAUGAGUGCGCCUAAUUACGACCGUUAGACACUGCUUACUGUAACCUUUUCAAAAGAAGUGUACUUACUUAAGACAUGACUGACUUUAAUUUGUAAUGUCAUUUAGGAUGUUUCUGAAUUUGAAAUGAACAAUACUGUGUUUAUAUUGUAGAUUGAUACUACUUUUUCAAAUUGUCGUUUAAAAAAAAAAAGUCAUUAAACACAGUGAUCUAUUGAA